AUGUCGCCCGAUUUGCUCUUCUGUGAUAAGCAGAAGAAAGCUCCAACCCCUCUGUUUACCGCAACGACCUUGACGGCGAAAUCUGAAUCUGUUAGUGGAAGACCAUUACACGUUGAUGCGGUGACUUAUGCUCGGGGGUAA